UCUUUACGUCUCUCCCUUUCUGUAAGUCACUUCGGUAAUACCAUCACCUGGACUUGCGACCGGUGUGACCCGUCGUGUAGCAAGUGCAGGGGUAGGGGCAGUGGGGACUGCCUGAACUGCCGUGAUGGGUACCUCUACCUGAAGCAGUCGGGCCAAUGCCUCCAGACGUGCCCCGCAAACUACUUCCCUGACACCAGAGCCAAAAUCUGCCGCAAGUGCCACCCCACCUGCAAGACCUGCGAAGAUGAGGGAGCCCUGUUCUGUAAGUCGUGCUUCGAGGGCUUCAGGUUUUUUGGAGGGAUAUGUGACUCUCCCUGUCUCGUAGGACUUUACGCUGCUUCAGCUAUUUGGGGCUUGGAUCCACAGUGUGAGAAGUGUGACCCGUCCUGUCUGGACUGUAAGGGUCCUGGUCAGUGGAACUGCACUGUGUGCCCAGCCAGCCAGCUCCUAGCUGAUGACGGCCGCUGUCUGUCCUGUUGCGGCAACGAGACCAGACACGACAGCAGCCCCCUCCCCCGAGAGUGUUGUGACUGCCGGGCAUCACAAAUGGAAUGCGUCUUUGGGGUGAACUUUGUGUUCCUGGGCAUCGAGGAGCUGCCAGAGGGACAUAUCAAGGUCUUCAUCCUGGCCAUCGUGCUCCUGGUGUCGGCCCUGGGUGCCGCUGUCUUCCUGUACCUCCACUUGCGCUCCAAAACGGGUGCUGGUUUACCCCAGACGAAGGCCAAUGGCUACAAGAAGCUGGGCACCAAUGGGGGCUGGGCUGGGUCAGACUUAGACCCCGCUUCCUCCAUUGGCGACUACAGUGACCGCAUCGUUGAGGAUGACGAGGAGGAAGAAGAUGACGAUGAUGAAGAUAUUGUGUAUAUGGGUCCGGAUGGUACAGUGUAUCGGAAGUUUAAGUAUGGACUCCUGGAGGAAGACGAGGACAUUGAGAUGGAUUAUGACGACGAGAGCUAUUCCUUCAGAUAAAGAGGAAUGUAAACACAACCAGAAACCCUCAGGCGUUCCCACUACUUUUAUACAAUAUUUAUUACCUUCUGUAGUAGUGAUGUAUCCCAAGAUGUUUACACACAAACACCUCUAAAAUGUUUCCUGACCUCGAUAGUGAAGAUCUAAAUAUUUGGCACAGUAGUAGGGCUUAAUAUGAGGGUCUUUGAGGGAAUUUCUUAAAUAGUGCAUUGUAUUUUAGACUUGCAGGUUGGUUUGACAUUUUUGAGUUUUUAUUUGGACUUCUAAGGGUUAGUUUGUCAUUUUAGUUCACUAUUGAAGUCCAAGCACUUUGUAAUCAAUAUUGCGAGACGAAUGAGACAGAGGCUGAUCGCAUCACUGAGAGAUUCAUCCAGUUUCACUCAUGCACUGCUAAAGGGACAGUAAGAUAGAGUUGAAAAUAUUUUUAUGUCACUUAUUUUGAUUAUAGAAUUGGAGCUCAUAAAAAUACUUAAUCUCCCUGAGUUUUUGGAUCCCAUGCAUGUGAAAGAGUAGUGUUGAUUUAUAAUAAUCAGAAAGAUAAAUGUUCUCUUUGUUGAGGUGAAUCAAUGUUUACUUGAAUAAAGUUGGAGUUACUGUGAGAAUGUUUUCUGGAA